CAGCAAGGGCAUCAGCGGCACAUUGCAAGAAGUAGCCCGAGCUCAUCCUGGAUUCCCGGAGCUCGUCACCAUGCUUGCUUGGCUAUAGGAGCUCCAUGGAGCAAGCCAACUUCUACGAGGUCGACCCCCGGCCAUCCAUGAACAUCCACGUUCAGCCCCCACACGGUGCAUACGGCUACAGGGAGCCUCCAGCUUCAGCCCUAGAACACAACGAGCUGUGCGAGAACGAGAACUCCAUUGAUAUCAGCGCUUACAUCGACCCGGCCGCUUUCAACGACGAGUUUCUGGCCGACCUGUUCCAUAGCAACAAGCAGGAGAAAGCCAAAGGCGACUUUGAGUACCCCCAGCAGCAGCAGCAGGGGCCAGUAGGGGCAGCUGUUACCGGGCACCCGCUGAUGUAUGGCUGUAUGGCAAACUACAUGGACAGCAAGCUGGACAGUGGACUCAGACCACUUGCGAUCAAGCAAGAGCCAAGGGAAGAAGAAGCAGCAGCCAGCAGGGCAUCCUCAUUGGCAGCUCUGUACCCUCACCAUGCGGCCUCCCAGCACUCAUCCCACCUGCAGUACCAGGUAGCUCACUGUGCCCAGACCACCAUGCACCUGCAGUCUGGCCACCCAACUCCUCCUCCUACUCCUGUACCAAGCCCACAUCACCAUCCUGCACAUCAUCACCACCAUCACCUGCAGACUUCUUCACUCAAAGGCAUUUCCCCCUCAUCCUCUACUUCUUCCUCCUCCUCUGAGAGCAGGGGCAAAUCCAAAAAGUGGGUGGACAAGAACAGCAACGAGUACAGGGUAAGGAGAGAGAGGAACAACAUAGCAGUGAGAAAAAGCAGGGACAAGGCCAAGAUGAGGAAUGUAGAAACCCAACAGAAAGUUUUUGAGCUGUCUUCUGACAAUGAUAAGCUGAGGAAGAGGGUGGAACAAUUGAGUAGGGAGCUGGAGACUCUUAGGGGCAUCUUCAGGCAGCUCCCAGAGAGUUCCCUGGUCAAAGCUAUGGGCAACUGUGCAUAAGGUCAAAAACUUGCUUUCAGAGCAUUGUCUACCGGUGAGAGACACUGUUAAACACCCCAACCCAAGAGUGGAUCCUUCCAGUUCUGACCAUGAAGUUUAAACACACGUGCCUUCUGUGAACGAGGAUGCCAGCCACCCUGUGAGACUUUAUUCUUGCAUAUGCACUCAGUGGUGUUAAUGGUACCCACCUCCCACCUUGCUCCAAAUAGCCAGGCAGCUUUUGGUGGUGCUAGAUGUAACAAGCCAGGUGAUUUCUUAGGCUCUGAGGUCCCUCCAUUUAUAUGAAGUUGUUUGUAUCAGGCUAAGCAGAUUUUAUAUAUUUUUUCAUACUUUGUAUCUUCUUAAAUCCAAUUGAGUCACGUUUAAAUUAAAAAGUUAAAACAUAUUUUUUGUUCAGGGGCUUGAUAACAUUGGUGACCAGAUUGCUGCAAGUCUCCUCCUUAUCUGCUAACAAACGUACCUGCAGAAUCACCCUCAAUAAUGCUGUAAGCUUUGGCAGCAAGAGUAUUCAAAUACUGCAGUAUUUUACAGUUGUUUAAUGCUCUCCCUGUUACCUACCCUAAGUAUAGGAAUGUUGCAGAGGAUACAGGGUAUUUUAUCUUACAUGUGCCUUAUGAAAGUGUCUUUUGUAGAAUGUGGGUGAUAUAUGUUACUUUAGUACAUUACAGAGUAUUCAUCUAUUCCUAGUGCAGUUGGGGAAUUCUGGGAAGUUCAGUAACAGCUAGAGGGCCGCUGGUAGCACACCACAUGCUAUAACAUUCUGGCAGUGGAUAUGUAAGGUCAUUCAUGCUAGUAAAAUGAUCAGGAAAAUAUCUGAUUCUUUUUUUUUGUGUGACUGGUAGUUUAAAUAGAAAUUUGGAAAAUUCUAUUGCAGUUAAAGAAAAUGUAUGGGGCAGUGUUGGACAAAUGCACCACAGGCCCCUGUACUGAAUUAAUGUUGGUUUACUAAACCAGAUGAGAGACUUCCCCAGGGCCUGCAUGCAGCUGAACAACUACUAUGUGUGCCCUUAGUAUGGGGUAUUUAUUCCAUGAAUUCAACAAGUCAUUUCCCUUGUGUUUAUCUGUAACAUUUAAGGUUUCACAGCUUACAGGCGAGAGAGAAGCUCCACAGGGCAAAACUAAAUGGAACAUUAUGCAAAAGAUAUACACAAUACAGUACUUAUUUUAUAACUAUUGUAAACUGUCAGUUUUCAUUGUCAUGAACAUUUAAUAGCUGCUGUUGCUAAUCAUUAUUUCAUGCUUUCUGUGUGUUUUCUGUGACACUGUGUAUAUAAUUUUUUUUUUAAUCAAAGUUGUUUGGAAAACCUGCAGACCAGCAGAAUGUGAAUGAGCUAAUCUCUCUGCUCCACAACAUUAUGCAUUUCUUAUGCUCAUAUUCUUGCCAUUGUCUCUUGGGCGUUGCAGUGUUGGUUGGUAAUGCCUUUUAUUUCCAGUUGUCAAGCUCACUCUGCUGUCUGGCAGGGAAGGGGUGUGAGUGAAUGGCAAGUGCAAAAGCACUAGUACUGUACGCAAGAGGUAUCCCAGCAAAACACUUUGCACUCUUUUCAGUUGGAUAUUUGGGGAUGUGCUCUUCAUUGUCAGUUAAUAGCUGGAAAAAAAAUAUUUUAUUAAAAUUAUUGCAGCAGUCCCUGUUUUAUAAUUAUUCUGGAAGUAUAACUCACAUUAAGUCACAUUAUAACCUCUGCAGCCACUAUAGUUAUGCUGCUAUAAUUUCCUACAUCAAGCACAAUUACUGUUCUCCCCAUCCUAGUGAUGGUGGCAGUUAUAAGUCUGAAAAAAGCAGGACUUCAUGUUGGGCAUCUCUGCUUUAUCCAAGUAGUGCCUUAAAGCUAACUACCCGUAACUUCUCCUGCUAAAUUAUUGGCCAAAAAAGAAAUCCUGUUUUUUUUGGGGGGGUUUUUGCCUUGCAAAAAAAAAGAUAUUGUAUGUUUUAAAAAUGUUAUUGAAAAUAAAAGAAAUGCCUUUAUUCACUUAUUUGUUAAUAAUGAUAAUUCUUUUGAAACACAACCGCAUAUCCUUGUUUUUAUUUUCAAAAAUAAACGAAUAAAACAAAAAUGUAAAAUGUUA